GAUCACGGCACGCUCUCAUCCUCACCGCCGGUGCCUCCUCCGAGUCUCCGUACGCAAAUAACAACCUCAUAUCAAUGUACGUGAGGUGUAGGUCGCUGGAACAAGCACGGAAACUGUUCGACAAAAUGCCAGAGAGAAACGUAGUUUCUUACAAUGCACUCUAUUCGGCGUAUUCCCGGAACCCAGAUUACGCAAGUUAUGCGUUUAGUCUGAUAAAUCAAAUGGCAUCUGAAUCCUUGAAGCCCAAUAGAUCGACUUUCACUAGCUUAUUGCAAGUAUGUACUGUGCUUGAGGAUGUUUUGAUGGGGUCAUUACUACAUUCGCAGAUUAUAAAGCUUGGAUUUUCAGGUAAUGUGGUUUUCCAGACAUCGGUUUUGGGGAUGUACUCCAGUUGCGGGGACUUAGAAUCUGCGAGGAGAAUCUUUGAGUGUGUAAAUGAUGGAGAUGCGGUUGCUUGGAACACAAUGAUAGUUGGGAGUUUGAGAAAUGAUAAGAUAGAAGAUGGGCUUAUACUCUUUAGAAGCAUGUUGAUGUAUGGUGUUGAUCCAACGCAGUUCACUUGUGGGGACAUGAGAGAAGCAUUUUAUGUGUUUGGGAGGAUUCAUAACCCAAAUUUGGUUUCAUGGAACUCGAUUAUUUCGGGGUGCUCAGAAAACGGCUUUGGAGAGCAAGCGAUUCUUAUGUAUAGAAGGUUACAUAGGAUGUCCACACUUCGGCCGGAUGAAUAUACUUACUCUGCUGCUAUAUCUGCGACAGCUGAACCAGAAAGAUUUAUUCAUGGGAAGCUUCUUCACGGACAAGUAACAAAAUUAGGAUAUGAAAGGAGUGUGUUUGUUGGAUCAACACUCUUGUCCAUGGACUUCAAAAACGGGGAAGCUGAAUCUGCACAGAAGGUGUUUGGUGUGAUCCCGGAAAGGGAUGUUGUUCUCUGGACUGAGAUGAUUGUUGGGGAAUCUAGAGUGGGAAACAGUGAGUGUGCAUUCCAACUCUUUAUUGAAAUGUACCAAGAAAAAAAUAGAACUGAUGGUUUUUCCCUGAGUAGUGUCUUAGGAACAUGUUCAGACAUGGCGAUGCUAAGACAAGGUGAAGUGUUCCAUUCUCUUGCCAUAAAGACAGGGCUCGACAGUGUUAUGUCAGUAUGUGGAGCACUAGUAGACAUGUAUGGGAAAAACGGCAAAUACGAAACUGCAGAAUCAAUAUUUUCUCUUGCUUCAAAUCCAGAUUUGAAAUGCUGGAACUCAAUGCUAGGAGCUUAUAGUCAGCAUGGAAUGGAAACUGGCAUCAAAGAUGGGUUUAAGCACUAUUCUUGCAUAAUGAGUUUGGUAUCAAAAGCUGGGUUAUUAGACGAAGCACUGGAACUGAUAGGACAAUCUCCUCCUGGAAACAACCAAGCAGAGCUCUGGAGAACUCUGCUAAGCGCCUAUGUUAACGCAAGAAACUUGCAGAUGGGACUAUAUGCAGCUAAGCAAAUACUGAAACUUGAUCCAGGAGACACUACAACACACAUUCUACUAUCUAAUCUGUAUGCGGCGAAUGGGAGAUGGGAGGAUGUUGUAGAGAUGAGAAAGAAGAUUAGAGGAUUAGCUUCAGCUAAAGAUCCCGGAUUGAGCUGGAUUGAAGUGAAAAACAACAAUACACAAGUUUUCUACUCUGGAGAUCAGUCUAACCCAGAAAUUAUAACUCAAGCUCAAGAUGAAUUACAUAGAUUAAAGAUAGAACUUACACGGAAAUGCGUCUCGAUCACGGCACUAAAACGGGCGCGUCAGCUCCACGCUAUCAUCCUCACCGCCGGCGCAGGCUCCGCUUCUGAAUCUCCGUACGCAAAUAACAAUCUCAUCUCAAUGUAUGUGAGGUGCAGUUCACUUGAACAAGCACGGAAACUGUUCGACAAAAUGCCUGAGAGAAACGUAGUUUCUUACAAUGCACUUUAUUCGGCAUAUUCACGGAACCCAGAUUAUGCAAGUUAUGCGUUUAGUCUGAUAAAUCAAAUGGCAUCUGAAUCCUUGAAGCCCAAUAGUUCGACUUUCACUAGCUUAGUGCAAGUAUGUACGGUGCUUGAGGAUGUUUUGAUGGGGUCGUUACUACAUUCGCAGAUUAUAAAGCUUGGAUAUUCAGAUAAUGUGGUUGUCCAGACAUCGGUUUUGGGAAUGUACUCCAGUUGCGGGGACUUGGAAUCUGCGAGGAGAAUCUUUGAGUGUGUAAAUGAUGGAGAUGUGGUUGCUUGGAACACAAUGAUAGUUGGGAGUUUGAGAAAUGAUAAGAUAGAAGAUGGGCUUAUGCUCUUUAGAAGCAUGUUGAUGUCUGGUGUUGAUCCUACGCAGUUCACGUAUUCGAUGGUGCUGAAUGCUUGUAGUAAACUGGGAAGCUAUAGCUAUUCUGUGGGAAAAUUAAUCCAUGCCCGGAUGAUAGUCUCAGAUAUUUUAGCUGAUUUACCUGUAGAAAAUGCUCUUCUUGACAUGUAUUGCAGUUUUGGGGACAUGAAAGAAGCAUUUUAUGUGUUUGGGAAGAUACAUAACCCAAAUUUGGUUUCAUGGAACUCGAUUAUUUCGGGGUGCUCAGAAAACGGCUUUGGAGAGCAAGCGAUUCUUAUGUAUAGAAGGUUACAUAGGAUGUCCACACCUCGGCCGGAUGAAUAUACUUACUCUGCUGCUAUAUCUGCGACAGCGGAACCAGAAAGAUUUGUUUAUGGGAAGCUUCUUCACGGACAAGUAACGAAAUUAGGAUAUGAAAGGAGUGUGUUUGUUGGAACAACACUCUUGUCCAUGUACUUCAAAAACGGGGAAGCUGAAUCUGCACAGAAGGUGUUUGGUGUGAUCACUGAAAGGGAUGUUGUUCUUUGGACUGAGAUGAUCGUAGGGUAUUCUAGACUAGGAAACAGCGAAUGCGCGGUCCAACUCUUCAUUGAAAUGUACAGAGGAAAAAAUAGAACUGAUGGUUUUUCCCUGAGCAGUGUUUUAGGAGCAUGUUCAGAUAUGGCGAUGCUAAGACAAGGUGAAGUGUUCCAUUCUCUUGCCAUAAAGACGGGGUUCGACAGUGUUAUGUCAGUAUGUGGAGCACUAGUAGACAUGUAUGGGAAAAACGGCAAAUACGAAACUGCAGAAUCAAUAUUCUCUCUUGUUUCAAAUCCAGAUUUAAAAUGUUGGAACUCAAUGCUAGGAGCUUAUAGUCAGCAUGGAAUGGUAGAAAAGGCUCUGAGUUUCUUCGAACAAAUACUAGAAAAGGGAUUCACCCCGGAUGCUGUAACAUACUUGUCCUUAUUAGCAGCAUGCAGCCACAGGGGAUCAACGCAGGAAGGCAAGUUCCUGUGGAAUCAAAUGAAGGAACAGGGCAUCAAAGCAGGGUUUAAGCACUAUUCUUGCAUGGUGAGUUUGGUAUCAAAAGCUGGGUUAUUAGACGAAGCACUGGAACUGAUAGAACAAUCUCCUCCCGGGAACAACCAACCCGAGCUUUGGAGAACAAUGCUAAGCGCAUGUGUUAACACAAGAAACUUGGAGAUGGGACUAUAUGCAGCUGAGCAAAUACUGAAACUUGAUCCAGAAGACACUGCAACACACAUUCUACUAUCGAAUUUAUAUGCGGUGAAUGGGAGAUGGGAGGAAGUUGCAGAGAUGAGAAGAAAGAUUAAAGGAUUAGCUUCAGCUAAAGAUCCAGGACUGAGCUGGAUUGAAGUGAACAACAACAAUACACAAGUUUUCUCCUCUGGAGACCAGUCUAACCCAAAAGUUAUAACUCAAGCUCAAGAUGAAUUACAUAGAUUAAAGAGUAAUAUGUUGUGUAGAUCAUCAUCCAAUGAACAAAAUUCAUUUCUUAUAAGACUUAUCUCUUCAGAUUAAAAGUUUGUGCUAAACAAGUAUCGUCAUUUCAAU